UUAUUUUGCAAGGUUUUUACAACGUACUUCUUACGUUAUUGCUGAAAGGGUCAAGAUUAGGAGAUUAAGAGACUUUGCUACGCAUUUAUCGCUAUAUGUGAAUUCAGUAAGAUGCGAUGUAUAGUCGUAUAGGAGAACUACAUGCAUCUUUCUUCUUUAAAAAAGUUAUUUCUUCAGUUGAAUUUUUUUUAUUUCUUCAAACUAUCAUAACAUAUUAGGCUGCUGUCCCUCUUCAAUGAUUCCUAAUAAAUUCAAAUCUAAUAUAUAGUUGAACACCUUCGAUAAUUAUAUAAAUUCCCAAAUCAUCUGCUUUCGUUAAAUGUUAUGACUGGAAUAUACACGACAGGUUCAAGACAACCGAUAAGAUAACAAAGUUAAAUUUUAAAAAAUCCAAAAUAUGAAUAAUGGAGUCGAAAAUACGUUGACAAAAACCAGAAUAUUGAUAACACUGGUGAACCACUUGUUCUAAAUGAAUAUAGUAUUUUGUAAUUUUGAAGUCAUGCAUAUACUAUCUUGAGGUUGAUUAAGUAAUCAAAAAGGUAGUUGGAGCGUUGGCUUUUGUGGAAGUAAUAGCAUAACUUAUGUGACAUUCAAUGGCGGCUACUCUGGAAGGCUACGUUUCUCUCAAGUCUUAAACGGUUAAACCCAAUUCUCCGUUUUUCCUGCUAUUACGAUAUCAUAAACUUAAUUAUACUAUAAUACGUUUAACUUCUAGGAAUAAUAUAUUCAAUAUUUUUCACCAAGAGUGUUGGCUGAUAUAGACACAAAUUUAUACUUACAAGAAUAAGACAAAACAAACUCAUAAUAAUCAGUGAUAAGGAUAUAUAAUGACUCAGAGGAAUAGUUAGAGAAGGUGGCCAAAAAGCAAAGUCUUCUUUAGUGAGUCACGACCGUUGGCCUGCACCACAUGAGACCAAGUCUCUAACCCAACCAACACACAACACAGAACCCCUUAACCGAAAAGACGAUCUUACCCUCACCUAUAAUACCAAUAUAAAUACACCCACUCGAGCGCAUGUUUAGAUACAUCCAAUUUAAUAUUCAUUCUCAAAACAUAGAGAAAAGUCGAAGAUAGUUUAAUAGUGGAAAGGCAUGAGAGGUUCAAGAACAGCAUCUUCAGACAUGAGUGCAUGGUGUUCUGCUGUUGUGUUGUUGUCUUUAAUACUUUUGUUAUCUGUUCGUGAGAACAACGCUUCUAACUCGAUGAGAGGGUCUCAAUUCUCAGAGAAACCUUGUGAGGAGAUUUACGUCGUCGGAGAAGGAGAAACGCUUCAUACCAUCGGCGAUAAAUGUGGCGACCCGUUUAUAGUUGAGCGAAACCCGCAUAUCCAUGACCCGGAUGAUGUAUUCCCUGGUCUCGUUCUCAGGAUUGCACCUUUUUACUUCUCCAGAAAAGUGUAAGAUAUAUAAAAAGAGUUAUUUUAUUUUUAUUUUAACUUUGUUUGAAGCAUACUUUUUCCUUUGUAAUUAGUAUGUAUUUAUGUAUAUACUAAAAGAAUUCCGAAACAAAUACAUAUAUUUGAAAGAAACAGAGCAAAAGCAGAGUCUACAGUGAGUUUGCUUAUUCAUGUUUGGAGGUGUUAAAUGUUCAUUUGGACAUGUUUUAGGUGUACAUGAUAUCAGUAAAUACUAUAUGGGUUUGAUUGAAAAUAUCAAUAAAUAAAAAAAGUCGCUGAUCAGUGCAA